AGUAUGUUUCUGUCAUCUGAGACCUGUGGGUUUCGCAAAAAUGAUGAAAUGAAGGCUAUGGAUGUAUUGCCAAUUUUAAAGGAAAAAGUUGCAUACCUUUCAGGUGGCAGAGAUAAGCGUGGCGGACCUAUUCUAACGUUUCCAGCUCGUAGCAAUCAUGAUAGAAUACGACAAGAGGAUCUUAGGAGACUCAUUUCAUACCUAGCCUGUAUUCCUAGCGAAGAGGUCUGCAAACGAGGAUUCACCGUGAUCGUGGAUAUGCGGGGAUCUAAGUGGGACUCCAUCAAGCCUCUGUUGAAGAUUUUGCAGGAGUCCUUUCCCUGUUGUAUUCACGUUGCACUGAUAAUCAAGCCAGAUAACUUCUGGCAGAAGCAGAGGACGAACUUUGGCAGUUCUAAAUUUGAAUUUGAGACAAAUAUGGUCUCUUUAGAAGGCCUUACCAAAGUAGUUGACCCUUCCCAGCUAACUCCAGAAUUUGAUGGUUGCUUGGAGUACAACCAUGAAGAGUGGAUCGAAAUCAGAGUGGCCUUUGAGGAUUACAUUAGCAGUGCAACACACAUGCUGUCUCGGCUGGAAGAGCUCCAGGAUAUCCUGGCUAAGAAAGAAUUGCCUCAGGACUUGGAGGGAGCUCGGAACAUGAUUGACGAGCACUCCCAGCUGAAGAAAAAAGUGAUCAAGGCCCCCAUUGAGGACCUUGACUUAGAGGGGCAGAAGCUGCUGCAGAGGAUCCAGAGUAGUGACAGCUUUCCCAAAAAGAAUUCUGGUUCCGGGAACGCAGACUUGCAGAACCUUUUGCCGAAAGUGUCCACCAUGUUGGAUAGACUGCACUCAACCCGACAGCAUCUGCAUCAGAUGUGGCAUGUGCGCAAGUUGAAACUGGACCAGUGCUUUCAGCUGAGGCUGUUUGAACAGGAUGCUGAAAAGAUGUUUGACUGGAUCACACACAACAAAGGCCUGUUUUUGAACAGCUACACGGAGAUUGGAACCAGUCACCCACAUGCUAUGGAGCUUCAGACCCAGCACAAUCACUUCGCCAUGAAUUGUAUGAAUGUGUAUGUAAACAUAAACCGCAUCAUGUCAGUAGCAAAUCGCCUGGUAGAGUCUGGCCAUUAUGCCUCUCAGCAGAUCAAGCAGAUUGCUAACCAGCUGGAGCAGGAGUGGAAGGCAUUUGCAGCAGCCCUGGAUGAACGGAGCACCUUACUUGACAUGUCCUCCAUCUUCCACCAGAAGGCUGAGAAGUAUAUGAGCAAUGUGGACUCAUGGUGUAAAGCCUGUGGUGAGGUAGAACUUCCAUCAGAACUGCAGGAUUUAGAAGAUGCCAUCCAUCAUCAUCAAGGAAUAUAUGAACAUAUUACCCUUGCUUACUCAGAGGUAAGCCAAGAUGGGAAAUCGCUGCUUGAUAAACUCCAACGACCUUUAACUCCAGGCAGCUCGGACUCCCUUACGGCUUCUGCCAACUACUCCAAGGCCGUGCACCACGUGCUUGACGUCAUCCAUGAAGUCCUGCACCACCAGAGACAGCUAGAGAACAUAUGGCAGCAUCGCAAGGUCCGCCUGCACCAGAGGCUUCAGCUCUGUGUGUUCCAGCAGGACGUUCAGCAGGUGUUGGAUUGGAUCGAGAACCAUGGAGAAGCUUUUCUGAGCAAACACACGGGAGUUGGAAAAUCCCUGCACAGAGCGAGAGCUCUGCAGAAACGUCAUGAGGAUUUUGAAGAAGUUGCACAGAACACAUAUACCAAUGCAGAUAAGUUAUUAGAAGCAGCAGAACAGCUGGCUCAAACCGGGGAAUGUGACCCAGAAGAGAUUUAUCAAGCAGCCCACCAGCUGGAGGACAGGAUUCAGGAUUUUGUCCGGCGGGUGGAGCAACGCAAGAUCCUACUGGACAUGUCUGUUUCCUUCCACACCCACGUCAAGGAGCUCUGGACAUGGCUGGAAGAGUUGCAGAAGGAGCUGUUGGAUGAUGUCUAUGCCGAGUCGGUCGAAGCUGUGCAAGACCUGAUCAAACGCUUUGGCCAGCAGCAGCAGACCACCCUGCAAGUUACAGUCAACGUGAUCAAGGAAGGGGAGGACCUUAUACAACAGCUACGAGAUUCUGCCAUCUCCAGCAACAAGACCCCUCACAACAGCUCCAUCAAUCAUAUCGAGACAGUCCUGCAGCAGCUGGAUGAGGCCCAGUCUCAGAUGGAGGAACUUUUCCAGGAACGCAAGAUCAAACUAGAACUCUUCUUGCAGUUGCGCAUUUUUGAGAGAGAUGCAAUAGAUAUCAUCUCAGAUCUUGAAUCUUGGAACGAUGAGCUUUCUCAGCAGAUGAAUGACUUUGACACGGAAGAUCUCACAAUAGCAGAACAACGGCUCCAGCACCAUGCGGACAAAGCUUUGACUAUGAAUAACUUGACCUUUGAUGUCAUCCACCAAGGACAAGAUCUUUUGCAGUAUGUCAAUGAAGUGCAGGCUUCAGGUGUCGAGCUGCUCUGUGACAGAGAUGUGGAUAUGGCAACUCGUGUCCAAGAUCUGCUGGAAUUUCUUCAUGAGAAACAACAGGAGCUGGACCUGGUAUCAGAGCAGCAUCGGAAGCAUCUGGAGCAGUGUGUACAACUGCGCCACUUGCAAGCUGAAGUGAAACAGGUGCUGGGCUGGAUCCGCAAUGGAGAAUCUAUGUUGAAUGCGGGGCUCAUUACGGCCAGCUCCUUGCAAGAAGCAGAACAACUCCAGCGUGAGCAUGAACAGUUCCAGCAUGCCAUUGAGAAAACCCAUCAAAGUGCCCUGCAAGUUCAGCAGAAGGCAGAAGCAAUGCUACAGGCCAAUCACUAUGACAUGGACAUGAUCAGGGACUGUGCAGAGAAAGUGGCUUCUCACUGGCAGCAGCUCAUGCUCAAGAUGGAAGACCGUCUCAAGCUUGUGAAUGCUUCUGUGGCUUUCUACAAAACAUCCGAGCAGGUAUGCAGCGUGCUGGAGAGCUUGGAGCAGGAGUAUAAGCGAGAGGAAGACUGGUGUGGAGGAGCUGACAAGCUGGGCCCCAAUUCGGAGACCGACCAUGUCACCCCAAUGAUUAGCAAGCACCUAGAACAAAAGGAAGCUUUCUUAAAGGCUUGCACUCUUGCUCGAAGGAAUGCCGACGUCUUCCUGAAAUACCUACAUCGAAAUAGUGUAAACAUGCCAGGAAUGGUGACCCACAUUAAAGCUCCCGAACAACAAGUGAAAAACAUACUGAAUGAACUCUUUCAGCGGGAGAAUCGAGUGCUGCACUACUGGACCAUGAGGAAGAGACGCCUCGACCAGUGCCAGCAAUAUGUGGUUUUUGAAAGAAGUGCCAAACAGGCUCUGGAAUGGAUCCAUGACAGUGGAGAAUUUUACUUGUCUACCCACACCUCAACUGGUUCUAGUAUACAGCACACUCAAGAGCUGUUAAAGGAGCAUGAGGAAUUUCAGAUUACUGCAAAGCAAACCAAAGAGAGGGUGAAGCUGUUGAUACAGCUGGCAGAUGGCUUUUGUGAAAAGGGCCAUGCCCAUGCAGCAGAGAUUAAAAAAUGUGUUACUGCAGUAGAUAAGCGGUACAGAGAUUUCUCUCUGCGGAUGGAGAAAUAUAGGACCUCUCUGGAGAAGGCCCUGGGGAUUUCUUCAGAUUCCAAUAAAUCGAGCAAAAGCCUUCAGUUGGAUAUCAUCCCAGCCAGCGUUCCCGGGUCAGAGGUGAAACUUCGCGAUGCUGCUCACGAGCUGAAUGAAGAAAAACGGAAAUCUGCCCGCAGGAAAGAGUUCAUAAUGGCUGAGUUAAUUCAGACCGAAAAGGCUUACGUAAGGGACCUCCGUGAAUGUAUGGAUACAUAUUUAUGGGAAAUGACUAGUGGUGUUGAGGAGAUCCCACCUGGUAUUGUCAACAAAGAGCACAUUAUCUUUGGAAACAUGCAGGAAAUCUACGAGUUUCAUAACAACAUAUUUCUAAAAGAGUUGGAGAAAUAUGAGCAGUUACCAGAAGAUGUUGGACAUUGCUUCGUUACUUGGGCAGAUAAAUUUCAGAUGUAUGUGACAUAUUGCAAAAACAAGCCAGAUUCCACUCAACUUAUAUUAGAGCAUGCAGGAUCCUACUUUGACGAGAUUCAGCAAAGGCAUGGAUUGGCCAACUCUAUCUCUUCUUACCUUAUCAAACCUGUUCAGAGGAUAACAAAAUAUCAGCUUCUUUUAAAGGAGCUGCUCACUUGCUGUGAAGAAGGAAAAGGAGAAAUUAAAGAUGGCCUCGAAGUAAUGCUUAGUGUGCCAAAGAGAGCAAAUGAUGCCAUGCAUCUAAGUAUGCUAGAAGGCUUUGAUGAAAAUAUUGAAUCUCAGGGAGAGCUCAUCCUCCAGGAAUCCUUCCAAGUUUGGGACCCCAAAACUUUAAUUCGGAAGGGUCGAGAGAGACAUCUCUUUCUUUUUGAGAUGUCCUUGGUAUUCAGCAAAGAGGUGAAAGAUUCCAGUGGGAGAAGCAAGUACCUGUACAAAAGCAAACUCUUUACCUCAGAGCUGGGUGUCACAGAACACGUCGAAGGGGAUCCCUGUAAAUUCGCACUCUGGGUAGGAAGGACUCCAACUUCUGAUAACAAAAUUGUCUUAAAGGCUUCCAGCAUAGAAAAUAAACAAGACUGGAUCAAACACAUUCGAGAGGUGAUACAGGAAAGGACGAUUCAUCUGAAAGGAGCUCUGAAAGAGCCAAUUCAUAUCCCCAAAACAGCGCCAACAGCUAAACAGAAGGGAAGAAGGGAUGGAGAAGACCUGGAUAGUCAGGGAGAUGGCAGCAGUCAACCUGAUACAAUUUCAAUUGCUUCCCGAACCUCUCAGAACACACUGGACAGUGACAAGCUAUCCGGUGGCUGUGAGCUGACAGUUGUGAUCCAUGACUUCACAGCAUGCAAUAGCAACGAACUGACCAUCCGCCGCGGCCAGACCGUGGAGGUCCUGGAGAGGCCACACGACAAGCCAGACUGGUGCCUCGUGCGCACCACGGACCGGUCCCCCGCAGCCGAAGGGCUGGUUCCCUGUGGAUCCCUCUGCAUCGCUCACUCCAGAAGCAGCAUGGAGAUGGAGGGAAUCUUUAACCACAAAGACUCUCUGUCCGUCUCUAGUAACGAUGCUAGCCCUCCUGCCUCAGUUACAUCCCUUCAACCCCACAUGAUUGGGGCCCAGAGCUCUCCAGGCCCCAAGCGACCAGGCAACACCCUGAGGAAAUGGCUGACCAGCCCAGUGAGACGCCUCAGCAGCGGCAAGGCGGACGGGCAUGUGAAGAAAUUGGCCCACAAGCACAAGAAGAGCAGAGAGGUCCGCAAGAGUGCCGACGCUGGGUCUCAGAAAGACUCUGACGACAGUGCGGCAACGCCGCAGGAUGAAACCAUUGAGGAGAGAGGUCGGAACGAGGGGCUAAGCAGUGGCACACUCUCUAAAUCGUCAUCUUCGGGCAUGCAGAGCUGCGGAGAGGAGGAAGGGGAAGAAGGAGCUGAUGCAGUGCCUCUUCCACCACCAAUGGCAAUUCAGCAGCACAGCCUCCUUCAACCGGACUCCCAAGAUGAUAAGACAUCGUCCCGUUUGCUCGUUCGCCCAACCAGCUCUGAAACCCCCAGCGCAGCAGAGCUUGUGAGUGCAAUUGAGGAACUCGUGAAAAGUAAAAUGGCUUUGGAGGAUCGGCCUAGCUCACUGUUGGUAGACCAUGGCGACAGUAGCAGUCCUUCCUUCAACCCUUCAGACAACUCGCUUCUCUCCUCUUCCUCCCCCAUUGAUGAGAUGGAAGAAAGGAAGUCCAGCUCCUUAAAGAGACGGCAUUACGUCUUACAGGAAUUAGUGGAAACAGAGCGGGACUAUGUACGUGACCUGGGCUACGUGGUUGAGGGAUACAUGGCACUUAUGAAAGAAGACGGCGUCCCUGAUGACAUGAAAGGAAAAGACAAAAUCGUGUUUGGAAACAUACAUCAGAUAUAUGAUUGGCACAGAGACUUCUUUUUAGGAGAGUUGGAGAAGUGCCUUGAAGAUCCAGAAAAAUUGGGUUCUCUUUUUGUGAAGCAUGAGAGACGGUUGCACAUGUAUAUAGUUUACUGCCAAAACAAACCAAAGUCUGAGCACAUUGUCUCAGAAUACAUUGACACAUUUUUUGAGGACCUAAAGCAACGGCUGGGCCAUAGACUGCAGCUCACAGACUUGCUUAUAAAACCUGUGCAGAGAAUUAUGAAAUACCAGCUGUUACUGAAGGACUUCCUGAAGUAUUCUAAAAAAGCAAAUCUGGACACCACAGAAUUAGAGAGAGCCGUAGAAGUCAUGUGCAUAGUGCCAAAGCGGUGCAACGACAUGAUGAAUGUUGGUCGUCUGCAAGGAUUUGAUGGUAAAAUUGUAGCCCAGGGAAAGCUCCUCCUUCAGGAUACAUUUCUAGUCACAGACCAGGACGCCGGUCUUCUGCCUCGCUGCAAGGAGAGGCGGGUUUUCCUCUUUGAACAGAUUGUCAUAUUCAGCGAGCCGCUUGAUAAAAAAAAAGGCUUCUCCAUGCCAGGGUUCUUGUUUAAGAACAGCAUCAAGGUGAGUUGCCUUUGCAUGGAGGAAAACGUGGACAAUGAUCCUUGUAAAUUCGCCCUGACAUCAAGGACUGCCGAUGUCCUGGAAACCUUCGUCUUGCAUUCUUCUAGCCCAGGUGUCCGGCAAACAUGGAUCCAUGAAAUUAACCAAAUUUUGGAAAACCAGCGCAACUUUUUAAAUGCCUUGACCUCACCGAUCGAAUAUCAGAGGAACCACAGCGGAGGAGGCGGAGGCGGUCCCGGCGGCGGCCCCGGCAUCGGCAACAGCAGCGGCGGCUCCGGCUCCGGCCGCAGCCGGCCGUCCCGGAUCCCGCAGCCCGUCCGACACCACUCCCCAGUCCUGGUCUCCUCUGCAACCUCGGCCCAGGCAGAGGCAGACAAGAUGUCAGGUACGUCCAUCCACCACCCCUCCCCGCCACCCUCCAGCAGCAGCAGCACCUCCCUAGACCCCGGCCCCGGCCAGCCAAACCGACAGCCUCCCGGGGCCCGGCCCGAGGGGCCCGAGAGAGAAGCGGACCAGCAGAUCCCGAAGAUGAGAGUCCUCGGGAGCCCGCGGAAGGCGUGCGGGAGCGUCCCCGGCCCGGGGCCGGACGGAGCGCCCAAGGAGGCCCGGGGGAGCUCGGAGGAGAGCCGCGCCAGGAGCAGCCCGGGGGCUCUGACGCUGGGCAAGCCCAGACCCGGCGCCGUCUCGCCCGUGAACUCGCCGCCGCUCUGCCCCGCGUUCCCCGCUCCCUAUGGAAAGGAGGCGUUCCCGCCCAGCAGCCCCCUGCAGAAGGGGGGCUCCUUUUGGAGCUCCAUCCCGGCCUCCCCCGCCAGCCGCCCUGGCUCCUUCACUUUCCCCGGGGACAGUGACUCCCUGCAGCGGCAGGUCCACCGCCACUCGGCACACAGCAAGGACACAGACCGCAUGAGCACCUGCUCCUCGACCAGCGAGCAGUCAGUGCACUCGACCCAGAGUAACGGGAGUGAAAGUAGCAGCAGUAGCAAUAUCUCCACCAUGCUGGUGACACACGAUUACACGGCAGUGAAGGAGGAUGAGAUAAAUGUCUAUCAAGGAGAGGUCGUGCAAAUUCUUGCCAGCAACCAACAGAACAUGUUUUUGGUGUUCCGAGCCGCCACCGACCAGUGCCCCGCAGCCGAAGGCUGGAUUCCCGGCUACGUCCUGGGGCACACCAGUGCAGUCAUCAUCGAUAACCCUGAUGGAACUAUAAAGAAGUCAACAUCUUGGCACACAGCACUCCGUUUAAGGAAAAAAUCUGAGAAAAAAGAUAAAGACGGCAAAAGGGAAGGCAAGUUAGAAAAUGGUUACCGUAAAUCCCGGGAAGGACUCACCAACAAGGUUUCCGUGAAGCUUCUCAAUCCCAACUACAUUUAUGAUGUUCCCCCAGAAUUUAUAAUCCCAUUAAGUGAGGUAACAUGUGAGACAGGAGAGACAAUUGUUUUUCGAUGUAAAGUUUGUGGUCGCCCCAAAGCUUCAGUAACUUGGAAGGGCCCUGAACACAAUACCCUGAACAACGAUGGGCACUACAGCAUCUCAUACAGUGAUUUAGGAGAGGCCACUCUGAAAAUCAUUGGUGUGACUACAGAAGAUGAUGGCAUCUAUACCUGUAUAGCUGUAAAUGACAUGGGCUCAGUUUCAUCUUCAGCCAGUCUGAGAGUUCUAGGUCCAGGAAGUGAUGGGAUCAUGGUCAUCUGGAAAGACAACUUUGAUUCCCUGUUCAGUGAAGUGGCUGAGCUUGGCAGGGGCAGGUUCUCUGUUGUAAAGAAAUGUGACCAGAGAGGAACCAAGCGAUCAGUGGCCACCAAGUUUGUGAACAAGAAGUUGAUGAAGCGAGACCAGGUGACCCAUGAACUCGGAGUCAUGCAGAACCUCCAGCAUCCCCUCCUCGUCGGCCUCCUUGACACUUUUGAGACGUCCACCAGCUAUGUCCUAGUGUUGGAGAUGGCCGACCAAGGUCGUCUUCUAGACUGCGUUGUUCGAUGGGGCAACCUCACCGAAGGGAAGAUCAGCAUGUAUCUGGGGGAGAUUCUGGAAGCUGUCCAAUACCUCCAUAACUGCAGAAUAGUCCAUCUGGACCUAAAGCCUGAAAACAUUCUGGUGGACCAGAGCUCGGCCAAGCCAACCAUCAAACUGGCCGACUUUGGAGACGCAGUUCAACUCAACACCACCUACUACAUCCACCAGUUACUGGGAAGCCCAGAGUUCGCAGCUCCCGAAAUCAUCCUCGGAAACCCUGUCUCUCUUACCUCAGAUAUUUGGAGCAUUGGAGUGCUCACAUACGUCCUUCUUAGUGGUGUCUCUCCUUUCCUGGACGACAGCGUAGAGGAAACCUGCCUAAACAUUUGCCGCUUAGACUUUAGUUUCCCAGAUGACUACUUUAAAGGAGUUAGCCAGAAGGCCAAAGAUUUUGUAUGUUUCCUACUACAGGACGAUCCUGCUAAGCGUCCUUCUGCUGCCCUGUCCCUCCAGGAGCCAUGGCUGCAGCUGGGCCACGGCAAAAGUGCUGACAGCAUCGAUACAUCAAGACUGACUUCUUUCAUUGAGCGGCGAAAACACCAGAACGAUGUUCGACCCAUUCGUAGCAUUAAAAACUUCUUACAGAGCAGGCUCUUGCCUAGAGUUUGACCUAUCUUGAAGUUCUUUCUCAUUCUCUUUCACCUGCCAGUGAGACUGGAGAUAAAAUUACUCCUGCCAAAUCAGCUGUUAAUUUGAAUUUUGAGGAGAAAAACAACAACCCACAGCCAAUCAGCUGCUAAUACGUUCAUCGUGUGAAUUGCAUUCCAGGGACGCUGCGUAGAGCAGCACUUGGGACUACAAAUGCAAGCUCUGCUGGGGUGGAGGAUUUUUUCAUGUUAUGCUCUGCAAAGGUCAGAGAACGUUGCUGGAUCACAGUGUUUUAUUCAGGUUUCUGCAAAAAAAAAAAAAAAGGAUACUUUUUUUAAAAUACGAAAAAGAAUUUUGCAAAAGAACUUAAAGUUUUCAAGAUUUAUUCGAGGAAAAGAAAAAUGCCCAAGUUCAAACCACUGGUAUUAAUGGACAAAACCAACACACACGGAGAAGACUAGCCAAGUGGCCGUCCGUGGACCUGGUUGCCAUCGGCACCUCGCUUUCCACCUGGACGUAGAGCUUUUCCAGUUCCUUCGUCUACACGUCACUCACAUAGCGGCAGUGCACUGAGACCGGACUCUGCUUUUAAGUGCAUCCAACCUCAAACUUUUGCAUACAGAUAGAAUGAAUCGUUUUGCUCUGAUGAAAUGUAGGCCUUACUUGUACAUAGACUGUUUCCUGCCUUCGGUCUAUAACUCACCCCCACCCUCACCUCUCCCACCCUUUUUCCGAAAUGGUGGAACACCACUGUGCGGGUCUUCAGUGUGGGCUCUGACGUUGACACCCCAUCAGAACCAGACUUCAUGUUGGGUUUGACCCCACCCCUCACCCCACACCUGCCACUCAGAUUGUUGCACAGUAUACAGUCAGAUGAAAAUAUUGUAAAUGCACUCAUUGGGAUUUUUCUGUUUUAUUUCAUAUCAUGUGCAAUGUUGUGGCUUUAACAUUUUAUGCAACUAUUUAUGAGGACCUCUGUUGUAACUGUAAUAAAUAUAUAGAAAAAGCACAUGCUCAGUAUGGCGAGCUGUAUGGUUUUGUCCGUGUGCGUGUCCAGCGGAUGUGUGGGUGGUGGGCGGGAUUGUAUCACUGUGCUCUUGGUUGGAGGUCGCUAACACAUAGUGAAGAUCAGGAUCAGUUUUCAAGACUGUAAAAUAGGAUUUCCUACUCCAAAUCUAAAACUGGAUAUGGUAACAUUUAAAAAAUGUAUUGUAUUAUUAUUCAAAAUGCCAAAGUAUUAUUUUCCCAAAAUCCAUCUUGACAUUUACUCCUUUUUAGAAUUUUUAAAUGUUUAUUUUCUGUACAAUAAUCAGCCGACUUCUUGUGCUCUUUGGUAAAGAAUUCCCGUCGAGCAGCCGCAGAACCUGACACGUGUGACUGUGUCCCAGUGCAGUUUUUUGGGGGAAGAAGGUAACGUUGAUCCGGGAGGUAUUUUUAAACUAACCGUUGUGGUUUUCUUGUCCGGCGUUGAGUUUGCAUGGAUGUGUUUUCAUCUGUGUUUUGGAAAUACAGCGAAUAGGAGACCAUCCUGCACCCUCCAAUGGGAGACCUGGGGGGUCUUGAGCCAUAAACCGGCUUGCAUAGCUAGCUCUGCAGCUUCCGAUGUAUUUUAUUUAUUCCUUUAUUUCUGUUCUUUGUAAAGUUGUACAGACACUUUUAAGAAACAACUACAAGAAACUCAGAACUGGAUAUGUAUUCAUACAAACCUCAUAACUUCCGUUUGUAUUUUUUUUUCUUAUUUCAGUUAAAUUUCCACAUGAUUUUGCAUGUAUAUUUCUUUGUACAGAGACUUACAUGUUUACACAAUAAGAUGUGAUGUAAAUAUUUUAUUUUGCCAUCAGUUAUUUUAAACAAAAUUAAACAUUUGACAUAUUUGUCUGA